AUGACAUCCCAUCAGCUUGCGAUUGCUAAAGCUUCCUUCUCUGCCGGGCUUCUUCGGCCAGACCCUACCUCUGUUCCUCGCGACAGAAUCAUCGAGUUUCACGAUGCGCUUGACACGAUGUUGGCGCACUGCUCACCCGCAAACAUCCAGACAUCUUCGAAGCGGAAAAGGUUGCACAUCCUUUAUCUUCUUAACGACCUUCUCCAUCAUACCAAAUACCACUCCGAGACUGCGCUCUCGUUUGUGACGCUCACGGGUUCCCUCCAACCAUGCUUAGUCGAGCUCUUUGCUCUCGCAGCACAAUUUGACCGUGAAAAAAACCCGAAGCACUUCCGGCGCCUAACAGAAUUGUUGGAUAUCUGGGAAGAAAAUGGCUAUUACAGCAGCGGGUAUGUCGAUAAACUGCGGGAAACGGUGGCGAACCCCGGUCUUCGAGACGCGUUGAGCUCCCAGUCGGCGGGAAAUGGCACAGAUGCUGAACCUGGGAAACCCCUGCUGCCAAAAGACGUCCCAUACAUUAUCCCAGCUACUCAUGGCGACCCGACAGCACCGUAUCAUGAAUUACCUACGGGAAACCUUCUACCGCAUAUUAUUCCCAACUCAUCCGUUCCCAUCAAGCCUCAAUCAGUGAAAGCCCUUCAGCUUGAUGCCGGGCCUGCUGAAGAGUCCCUCAUCAGGGCUGUAAAGUCCUUGCUCGACGACGUGGAUCAAAUAUACGGUACACGCGGCGCCGAUCCAGACACUGUGACUGAGAUAGAUAUUGAUGAACUGGGACAAAUCAUCACACGUGACGCGACAACGGGAGAAUUCAUUGAUGCGGAUGCGUAUUACGGCUGGUCCCGUUCGUUUUGCCAGAAAAUGCAACAAAGGAAAAGCGGGAAAUCUCGCAGCAGAAGUUCCAGCCAAAGCCACAGUGAUGCUACGGACCGAAGCAGAAGCCGAAGCCGAAGCUACACUCCUAUCAAAAGGCGAAGAUAUAGCGAUAGCAGAAGUAUCGAAAACGAGAGACGGUCGAGAUCGCCAGAAUCAUCGGAUUCUCCGAGAUAUCGAAGGCGCAACCUCUAUUCGCGAUCGCCGUCUCAUUCUCGAUCACCUCCACGGCGAAGACGGCUAUCGCACUCGAGAUCAGGAUCUUAUUCUCCUCCGGCAGGCCCUCGACGACCAUUUUCACCUCCACGGAUUCAACAGAAAUCUGCAUUUUCAGGUGCCUCGCAGCCGCCACCACCACCUCCUCCUCCACCUGCUCCUUUACAACCCCCGUUCAAUAUUCCCCAACAAUUCAACCCACAGCGGCAACCAAGCGGAUCUCCUUCCGCCGGAAUGUUCGUUCCGCCUCCAAGGCCUCCGGGUUACCACGGGCCAUGGCCACCACCACCCCCGCCUCCACCUCCCGCUUUGCACAAUCAGCAUGGCUUUUCCGGCGGUACCUCAUUCCCACAAGCUAUGAACAUGAGCUCAAACGUACCUGGAUUUAGCCAGCCUUUUAUGCCCCCAAUGCCCGGCGCGCCAUUUGUUCCACCUCCACCACCCCCGGGACAAUCACAACAAGGCCAUGGGCUCAAUCCAGCCCAAGGGCAACAUGGUGCAUUUCAGUUCCCGCCCACACAUCCUGGGCAAUCGAGUGGUCAGGGCUAUCAUGGAGGGAGCGGCGGAUGGUCUCGAGGAGCGUGGUCGUAA